AUGUCAACUUAUCCAAAUAUAUCUUCUCACUUACAGAAGAUCUUGGCUCCUCAUUUUCCUAAGAACGGAUCUCCUGAGAUUGACCCGUCCACUAAUUCCAACUAUGGUCAUUUUAAGGUCAAUCAUUCCACUCUGGAUCUUGUUGUUGACUUCCACAAGAAACGGUUGAUUGGAUCUGUCACUCAUGAGAUCGAAACUCUUAAACCGGCUAAAGAAAUCAUCCUUGACUCAUCUUUCUUGGACGUUAAGAAAGUCACUGUCAACGAUAAGGAUACUUCUUUUCAAGUUAAGCAGAGAAAAGAACCUCUUGGCUCUCCUUUUGUCAUCUAUUAUAAGUCCAACGCUAAUGACUCAUUUACUUUGAAGAUCUACUAUGAGACAACAGAGAAAUGUACUGCUCUCCAAUGGCUUGAACCCGAACAGACCGACGGUGGUAAGCUUCCUUAUCUCUUCUCUCAGUGUGAACCUACUCAUGCCAGGUCCUUCUUCCCUUGUUUCGAUACUCCAUCCGUUAAAUCCUCUUUCACCUAUAAUAUUACGUCUCCUUUGAACGUGCUAGUCUCUGGUUUACUAGUCAGUAAGGAACCUUCUGCAACCGAUGCAUCACUGUUCGUCUAUAGUUACAAACAACCAGUUCCUAUUCCAUCAUAUUUGGCUUCCAUUGCCUCUGGUAAUAUUGUUGGUGCCCCUAUUGGUCCUAGAUCCACCGUUUACUCUGAACCCUCCUUUAUUGAUAAAUGCCAGUAUGAAUUUGAAGCUGAUACUGAGAAGUUCAUCAAGGCAGCCGAAGAUUUGGUUUUUGAAUACGAAUGGAAGCAGUACAACGUUCUUAUUUUACCCCAAUCAAUGCCAUUUGGUGGUAUGGAGCAUCCUAAUUGCACGUUUGCCACUCCUACUUUAGUAUCUGGUGACCGUGAAAACGUUGACGUCAUUGCCCACGAGUUAUCUCAUAGUUGGUCAGGUAAUUUGAUUACCAACUGCUCUUUCGAGCACUUUUGGUUGAACGAAGGCUGGACAGUUUACCUAGAGCGUCGUAUUGUGGGUAAAAUUCACGGCGACAAAUUCAGAGACUUCAGUUCCAUCAUUGGUUGGACAGAUUUGGUUAACUCUAUUGAGGCCAUGGGCGACACUGCAGAAAGAUUCUCUAGAUUGGUUCAGGACUUGAAAGAUGGUAUAGAUGCAGACGAUUCGUUCAGUACCGUUCCAUAUGAAAAGGGUUCUAAUAUGCUUUAUACAAUUGAAAAGACUGUUGGCGGUAAGGAAAACUUUGAUCCAUUCAUCAAAUAUUACUUCUCUAAGUACAAGUAUCAGUCUUUGGACACGUAUGAAUUUUUGAACACUUUAUACGGAUUCUUCAAGGACAAAAAAGAUCUCUUGGAUACCAUAGAUUGGAAGAUAUGGCUUUUUGAGCCUGGCUUACCUCCAAAGCCUAAAUUUGACACCCAGAUGGUUGAUGAGUGCUACAAUUUGGCGAGUAAAUGGAUAUCUGUUGCUUCAAAGUAUCCUGAAGAGCUUAAAUCUGUAUUUAAAGCUGCUGACAUUGAAUCGUUCAGUGCCAACCAGAACUUGGUGUUUUUGGAUACGCUAGUCGGAUCUGAUGGUGAGAAUGGGUUUAAGUGGAAUUCAACAAAUGGUAAAGAGGCUAUCGAAAUCAUGGGACGGGUUUAUGCAAAAUAUGCGAAGUCCGAAAAUGCCGAGGUUCUUUUCAGGUGGUUCAGAUUACAGCUUACAGGAAGAAUCAAGCCUUCGUACCAGAAAUUGGCCGACUGGCUUGGAACUGUUGGUAGAAUGAAGUUUGUGAGACCUUCUUAUGUCUUACUUAACAAAGUUGACCGAGAGUUGGCAUUAAAGACGUUCCAGAGAUGGGAAAAAGGAUACCAUCCUAUUUGUAAAGCCCUUGUUAAAAAAGACUUGGGUUUGGCCGAAAUAAUAUAG